AAAAUAGAUAAAUGAAUAAUAUAUAUAACGGCAUGUAUCCGGAUUCACGCCUGCAUGCGGAUUGGUAGUUAGCAGAACGCCGUAUAUAUCAGCUGGACGCACAACAAACGUCAAAUAUAAAUAAACAGAAAUGUCAGGUGGGAAAGUGACAGUGCAUCCGAUAACAAACAACCCCACACAAGCAUGGGAGCAGAUUCGAACGACUCAGCGAACCAUCAAGCUCAAUGUGAAAACACCAACCACACCACCUGAUGAGAACAUGUUGCGUUUUGUGUGUAUGAGCGACACCCACAGUCUGACAUCACACAUCCAGCUGGACAUACCAGAUGGUGAUGUUUUCAUUCAUGCUGGAGAUUUCACUCGAUGCGGCAGUGCUGUUGAGGUAGAAGAAUUUAACAACUGGAUAGGUGCUCUUCCGCACAAGCACAAGGUUGUUAUAGCUGGUAAUCAUGAGUUGAGCUUUGACAACAAGUUCACAACCACCACAAGACAACAUCACAAAACAGCACAUACAGGAGACAGUCUUAUCAAUGAGAUUCCAGACCUAGGGAUGGAGCGGGAGGAAUUGUGUGCAGCUGUUGCCGAGCAAAACACAGUUGAUUUGGUGACAAAUGCUAUCUACUUACAGGAUCAGGCUCUUACAAUAAGCGGGAUCAGACUCUAUGGAACACCAUGGCAGCCAGAGUAUUGCAACUGGGCCUUCAACCUACCAAGAGGCACAUCCUGCCUGGAGAAGUGGGAUGCCAUCCCUGAGGAUACAGACAUCCUGAUCACCCACACCCCUCCUGUGGGUCAUGGGGACCUCUGCUGCACGGGUGUGAGGGCAGGAUGCGUUGACCUCCUGUCCACUGUGCAGACCAGGGUUAAACCUAAGUACCAUGUAUUUGGGCAUAUUCAUGAAGGUUACGGUGUGACAUCGGACGGAAAAAUUAUUUUCAUCAAUGCCUCGACUUGCAACAUCAAUUUUGUCCCAAUCAAUCCACCUAUUGUGUUUGAUGUCCCUAUCCCUUCAGGCUUUUCAAAGUGACCAACCACCUAAACUGCCUAGGACAGAGUUCAUAUAUGACUUUUUUGUUGUUAACUAUGGAAAACACCCAAUAUAAAGGAAGUUGGGAUUUUGGCCUGGAACUGUAUAUUAUUGCAGUGUGCUGAGUAUUAUUUUAUGUAUAAGAUGGUAGAAUUUAAUUCAUCAGCUACCAGUGGAAUUUGAUAGAACUGAUGUAGGAGGCUUUGUGUAUUUAAACAAACAAACAAAAAUACACACACACACACACACACACACACACACACACACACACACACACACACACACACACACACACACACACACACACACACACACACACACACACACACUUUUUUCUAUAUAUAUGUGUAUCUGUUGAUACAUUUCAGCAUCUGAAACUUUGUUACUGCUUAUAUCAUAGCAAAUUUUGAUUGUAUACUCUAGUAUGCAGCAAGACUUUGUAGCAAAGUAUAAUGAUUGAUAUUUUGGCCACUAUGAUAGUGACAUGAAUGUUUACAUCCUUAACAUUCCUUAUCAUUAUGUACACCUAAGGAAUUAAAGAAACCAAGUGCAAGAGUAAUUUUAGCAGUGAAUUUUAGUAUGAAUUCAAUUGAUUUGUGAUUUGGCCUAAUGUUUAAAGUUCAAAGGGGAAUGAAAAGACAUUUAAGACAUAGAAUAUGUAUGAACUUUGAUCAUAUUAAGGAAAUUCACCUUUCAUUUUCAGUGAUGUUUCAUUAUUAAAGGAAAAAAAGAAAAGAACUCAUAAUUUCUUAGUUGCAGUCCUAGGAGAAGAAAAGGAUAGGAAAACCCAUAACAGUCGAGAACUGCAUGUAAGGUGAGGGAGAAUAGAGAAGAUAGGUUUUCCCUGCUGUUGCAUAAUUUGCAUUCCUAUUUGUUACUGUAAAGCAGUUGAUAAGUAAAACCUUUUCUGCAGGCUUUGCCCAUUACGAGAAGGCUUUUUUUUUUUCUUCUGUACUUUUUUUUAGAUAGAUAGAUAAUUAUUAUUUAUUUAUUAUUUAUUUUAAUAGAAUGACCUUAUACUCUUUAUUUGUAUAGGCUUUAGAUCUCAUGCUCAACUCUGUGUAAAUGUAGCAAAGCCUAGUCUAAUUUGACUUAGACAUGACCAAGAUUAGUCUUAGCGUUAUUGAGACCUUGGAAAGCCUCGGCUCACUUGAUCUCUUGUCGUGUUGAACUAUAAUCGCAUUAGUCAGUACUAGCCAUUCUUCCCAAGUGAAUUGCUGUCUGAAUCAUUCUAACCUUAGACAACCUAUGCCAGUGCAAUCCAGAAGUAAAACAUGGUUUUAACCUAACUUAAUCAAGCCAUAUGUAACCUAGCUUAACCUGACGUGACCAAUGCUAUAUCAUAAGUCAUCUCCUUUAGUCAACUUCGUGCCUGUGGUAGAAGUAGUAGAGUAGAAUCUUAAGAUAUCAGUCGUUUUGUUUCUGUGAAUAGACCAUGUCACAAAAAUUAGUUGUAAUUAUGUUUAAGUACCUUUUUUUUUCAUAUGACUUGUAUCUUUUUACUUUCUUUUUUGACUGUCAAUUCAAAUGAAAUGCAUUUAUGUAACAAAAUAACCUUGAUAAUGGUGCUGAUUUUUGAAAGUCACUGUAUAUAACUCAAAGUGGUGAAUGUGAUUAAUCAAGACAUGUACACAUUACAUGACUUUAAGCAGUGCAUAACAUGAAACUAAACUUUAUUGACAAUGUAAUUACUUGUAGCUGAUGAAUGAUAUUAAGAAAUAAGAAAUAUGCUGAAAAAUUCCACUUUUUAAAGUUUUGAGAUUGCAUGUAAGUGAUAUACGAAUAAUGUAAGUGUGAAUCUGAGGUUCAGUGAUUUACGUAACUGACAGAGUUGAACUUACUGUUUUCAGGUAGCAAUACCUGAAUAGCUGGCAUAAAAGGACCAUAAGAAUAAUCUGAUUUGACAUAUCACAAGGAAAUAGGUAUAGAGGUGUUUAAUUGUGUAAAGGAAUUGGUUUGACUAACUUGUGCUCGUAUAAAUCUACAUUAUGAAUCUGUAUGUGUUCAAAUUUUAUUCCUGGUUAACAUCCAUUACCCUCAGGAUCAUGUAAUAACUAAUAGGAAUAGAUGUGCAUGCUAUUCACACAUGGCUAGAAUUUCUGCUUUGCUAAUGCAUGCUAAUUGGAGCCUCCUGAUUUCUGUUGAGAGCCUCUGUAGUACAAUUUUUAUUUCUGAAAUGGAAACAUAACUUACCUUAUCACACAAGCAGUUUUAAGAGUUUGAAGAAGAGUAUUGGAUAUUACAGUAAUAAUACAUUUUUUGUUUGCUUGUUUAAAGGUAUUAUUCAGUUAAGAGUGAAAAGGGAGGGUGAAUCUGAGGUGUUAAUUUCUAAUAAUGGCCUUACUCAUGCCUUAAAACAUUUGUAACAUCUCUGUAAAAACUGAAAUUAGGUACACAGUAAAAAACAUGUGCUGUCUGGUGUCUAGAGUAUUUUACAUUUAUUUAUUUACUUAUUUAUUGACUAGUUAAAGUGGAAUUACAGUAUUCUUUGAUCAGCUACUCACGGGAAGGCCAUCAUAUUAUAUAUUCUAGAAUUUUCAGUAAAUACCAAUGAAAAUAAUCAUUGGCCUGAAAGUUUAUUCAAGAAAAGGGAAUCAGUCUCUUUGAAAUUGUAGCUUAAAGAGGACUUCUACUUUGCACACUCAUUAAAACAUAUUAUUUUCAACCCAGUAACAAUGGUUAAAAUGUUUGGUAAAGUCUGCCGAGGAAAGGUAUACAGUAGUGUGCACUGGUCUGUGCCUGGGCAGUAGUUUGAUUUACAGUUGGGUGUACUAGACCUCAUCCCAGCAGUUGGGAUGUGGGGUCAUGAUAUGAUAAAACACCACCUGGCAUAAGUAAAUCUUACAUGACAUUUAAAUUCUUAGCAGUAAGAUUUUACUCUUGUCUUGUUCUGGUGUCUCUUUGGUAUUAUCAACCCAUUGAAGCACCAAGACCAUAUGGCAGCUGGCUAGCUAGCAUCCAUGGCUCAUGGUUGUAACUGCUACAUGUUCUUCAUGCUUAACAGUUGUUCACUUAUUUGGCCUUCUCUGUAGGAAAAAAGGUACAGCUUUUGAGACUUGUCUCAAAGUCUUCUUCUUCCUUUUUCUUUUUUUUUUCUUUUUUCUGCUGCAGCCAAAAUCUUAGAGUGGGUGUUUCUAAUUUCUCUCAUUAGCAGCUUUUCGUGUAUAGUAUACCUGGAGCAUAGCUCAGUUUGACAUGGAUAAGAGCCAUUGUCAUUGAGUUAACAAUACCAUUAUCUAGAGAUGACUCAUACAUUUAUUCAAGUAAACAUUUUCUGAUCCAAAGAUUGAUAUUAGAGUUACCCUGUCUCUGUGAUAAGCCAGUAAUGAAAACACAAAUUAAAAAAAAGGUUUGUAGCAAAUUUGUUGUUCAUUGGGAACAUACAUUGAGAGUUCCUUAAUAUUAAUUUGUUAUUUAUUUCCCUGUUUUUGUGUGUAUAUGCGUGAUUGUUAUUGAUUGUUUACUGUUAUAUUUUCCCAAAAUAUUUAGUUUUAAUUGUUUUAACAAUGGGUGCUUUGCCCUCUAUAUGAACCAAAUAUGUUAGGUAAUAUAAUUUAAGUUAUCUUAUUUAUCUACUGUAGUUAUAUAGUACACUUGUUCAUUUGCAUAUGGAUGAAUGGUAUGCAGGUCAUAGUAAUAAAAAAUAAAUAGUUUUCUUCUUC